AUGGAAUCAGUUGCAGCUGAAAGACUUAAUAAAUUAGGAAAAAAUCCAUCAAUAAUCUCGACACGUCAUGAUUUAAAACGCGAUGCAGCUGUAUUAAAAAAUAUGAUCGAUCGGGCAACUCCACAACCAUCAAGCGAUUCAUCAUCGGAUAGCGAUGCAUCAUCGGACAUGUCCAAUGCACAUAAGAAAACUGAUUUUAAAUCGUCAUUAUCGCAUUUGCAUGAAGAAUUUAAGAAGUCAUUUGUUGUUAAUCGUUUAAGUACAGAUCGACGAAAAUCAACUUCGGAAGAUAAGAAAAUGAAAAAUUUGAGUAAAGUUUAUCUGACUGCGCCGAAUUCCAAUCAAAAUCAAAUUAAAAAGUCUCCGUCCACACCUAUGGACAUGAGUAACAAAACUCAUCAUUAA